UCUUGAAGCCUCUAGUGUUUAGUAAUCAUAUAUCUAUGAUUCUUUACCUCCCGCCUGUAUGUGGAUAUAAAAAGUCUACACACCCCUGUUAAAAUGGCAGGUUUUUGUGAUGUAAAAUUAAAACCAAGGUAAAUCAUGUCCUACCUUUAUUGUGAAAUGUUAACCUAUUAAUUAAAGUGAAAAGCAAUAAAGAAUCAUUUUAGGGGGGAAAAACAAACAAAAAACUUCCAAUACCCAGCUUGCAUAAGUGUGCACACCCUUUUAUAAUUGGGAAUGUGGCAGUGUUCAGAAUCAACCAAUCCCAUUCAAACUCAUGUUAAAUACUUAUUAGUAUACACCAGUCAUCAUUACCCCUAAAUAAAGUACAGCUGUCCCUAUAGGAUUUUCCUGGUAACAUUCAACUUGGAAAGCCAUGGGCCACAAAGAGCUUACAAAGCAGGUACAGGAUAUCACUGUUGAAAAAUAUCAAUCAGAAGAGGGUUGCAAUUUUUUUCCCAAGCCACUGGAUAAAUAUCAUGGAACACUGUAAAGACAAUAUUCAACAAGUGGAGAAAAUCUGCCCUGACAGAGACACUACUAAGAACAGGACGUCCCUCUAAAAUUGAUGAGAAGAUCAGGAGAAAACAGGUCAGGGAGGCUGCCAAGAGGCCUACAGCAAUAUUAAAACAAUUGCAGCUCCCUACAUGUAAUAACAAUCUCCCGAAUUCUUAAUAUCUCUGGGCUAUGGGGUAGGUUGGCAAGACUGAAACCUUUUUUAACCAAAAAUAAAAAAAUGCAUCCAAUCUCCCAAAACCAUGUGGAAUAAUGUGUUAUGGUCUGAUCAGGGUGGGGGGAAUAAUUAAUACCUCCAUAUACCAGUCAAUUUUGGCCACGCUUGGGGAGUAACGGAAUACAUCUAAUGGCGUUAUGUAAUCAGGAUACAAAUAAACUGGUACAUUUUUUUGUUACAUCAACAAAGUAAUCAAAUUACAGGUAUAUUUUGUAAACAAAUGGGAAUACUAUCAGGAUUACAAUUUUCAUUUAAAACCAAAGACAUUAAACUUUUGACAUAACACAAUAUAAACAGCUGCUUGGCUAUGGUUCUGAUUCUCUCUUGCCAGUUGUGACUCGCAUGAAAAUAAAAAAAAAUAUAAGUAUUUUAGAUCAUAUUGCUUUUCUCUUGACUUUAUUUGAAAAUUUGUUUUGGUGACUUUGAAGUAAUCCAAAAAUAAUCAGAUUACAUUGCUUUCAUAUUGUGAUACUUGGAUUACACUACUGGUUAAAAUUUUUAUGAAGUAAUUUGUAAGUGUGAUGGAAUUCAUUUUUAGAGUAACCCACCCAACCCUGAUUUUGGUGCAAAACCUUAAGGCUUCUGCUGAAACACUUUCACCUUUCAGCAUGACCGUGACCCAACAAAAGAAUAGCUUCACCAAAACAAAUUCAAGGUUUUGGAAUGGCCCAGCCAGAGUCCAGACCUAAAUCCAAUCGAAAAUCUGUGGGGUGGCCUGAAGAGGGCUGUGCAGAGGAGAUGCCCAGCCGAAAUGACAGUUAGAAUGCUUUUGCAAGGAAGAAGGGCAAGUCAAGUCUACAAAGCACUUCAAAUGUCUCUCUGGAUAAGUAAAUGUAAAUGCACUCCAAACAUUUAAAUUUAUUCAUUGAAAUAUUUGUACUUGGUGCCUUACAAUCUUGACUAGACUAAAAAUGAGCACCCAAAAGAUGCACUAUCAAAUCCUAGAUAUUUGGAAAAAGAAUAAGACCACCUAUAAUCUUCCUCUCCAUACUGUAUGUCCCUAGUCAAGCUCCUUUAACCAUCUAGACUACUUGCUUGCUUAGUAGUUCUCUGGUGUGCUGUAUUGUAACCUGAGCUUUAUUAGCAGAUUGUCUUGGUUUUCAGAUGUUGAUGUUAUAUUGCACUAGAUUUUUCCAAGGAAUUGUAGUAAGGCUGCGUAGCAUUGAAAACCCUGGCAUGUGAUAGUAGGGUCUGGUUGAAUAUUAAUUUUGAUAGAAUUUUUAGUCACAGAGCAAAUAUGGUUGACUUUAAGUGAAUAAUCAGUACUUUUUUUUAAGUACGUUUAAAUGGUUUAUUUUUUUAUUAUUUAUUUAUUUCUUUAAAACCUCAAUAUUGAUCCUUGCCAACGGGUGUAUAGUAGGACCCAGGGGAGUACUGACACUCCUGAGGACAGAGGAGCAUGUGUCUGUUUCAAAGAGGAAGAGAGUGGGGGAAAAAACCCAUGGAAUACAAUGUGUGACAGUCACAGCCCUACACACACACACACACACACACACACACACACACACACACACACACACACACACACAGAGACAGAGGGAGAGAGAGAGCAUCCUAUUAAGACACCAACUUAAGAGGUGCAUAUAUUGAUGAACAACUGUAGAGGCAGACAGAAAAGAAGGCGGCAUUCUCUACUCUCACCUGGGCCCCAAGAAAGACCAGAGUUCAACUGUUUCACAUCUCAGUUCUUGGAUCUAAUGAUACGAAUUCUACUCUUAAGACACAAGCUGGAUAAUACAUCUGGAAUGAGAGAGGUGAGAGAGUCAUAUGUUGUGGAUAAUGUUGACUUGUCUCACGCAGCAGUGAUAUUGAACACCUUAGAAAAGAAGUGGAUUCUGCUGUGAUCUCUGGGUGUACAAAAACUACAAUGGUUCCUGCAGAAAUACAGUGGAAAAUCAGAGGAAAUGCAAUACUUGGUGAUGGUGGAUCUUGACUUACAAACGGUGGCAUAUAAGCAGUGAACUAUGGAGAAAAUUGGGCCAGGUUUCCUGACCAAUCACACAACUCCAAAUGAUACAUCUAGCCAAUGGAGACCCACAAAGCCUACCCCACCAAGCAUGGAGGAAGUCAUCCAUUCCGAAUCCCAAAUUAAAUAUCUAGUGGGGUUAUUCGGCAUGGUGACCCUUAACCUUGCAGCCCUGCUUGGCAACACUGGAGUUAUUUUGGCCAUUGCCCGAGCUCCACACACAAAGAAAUAUGCAUUUGUGUGCCAUCUUUGUGCAGUGGAUUUGCUUUGUGCCAUAUUACUGAUGCCUCUUGGAAUAGUAUCGAGUUCCCCAUUCUUCAGUACCGUGACAUUUACGGUUCUGGAGUGCCAAGUCUACAUCUUUCUCAACGUGUUUCUGGUCUGUGCCUCUAUUCUUACUGUAACCGCCAUUAGUGUGGAACGCUACUAUUACAUUGUUCAUCCCAUGCGCUAUGAGGUAAAGAUGACUAUACACCUGGCUGUUGGUGUCAUGGUAUUCAUUUGGGUGAAAUCUUUGCUUUUAGCACUUGUUACCUUAUUUGGUUGGCCAGCAUAUGGGAAUCAAAGCUCCAUUGCAGCUACCCAUUGCUCUCUGCACUGGAGUCAUAGUCGUCUCAGGAAAGUGUUUGCCAUUCUUUUCAGUGUGAUUUGCUUUCUGGUUCCUGCAGUUGUGAUUUUUGCUGUGUACUGUAAUGUCUACAAGGUGGCACGGUCAGCUGCAAGACAACAUGUUCCCAUGCCCCCCUGGCCCCCUAAACCAGUUAAGUGUCGCUCGGAUUCCAUUAACAGUCAGACUACCAUCAUCACUACUACACAGAGUCUGCCUCAGAGACUGUCCCCUGAGAGGGUAUUUGGAGGUGGGAAGGCUGCCCUCACACUCGUGGUCAUUGUGGGACAGUUCCUGCUAUGCUGGCUUCCAUACUUCAGCUUCCACCUUCACAUGUCCAUCACAGCACCACUCCAGAGUCCAGGAGACAUUGAAGAGAUUGUCACCUGGUUGGCAUACUCCUCAUUUGCAGUGAACCCAUUUUUUUAUGGACUACUCAACAGGCAGAUUCGAGAGGAACUCAUAAAGCUGAGGAAGUGCUGUGCUUCCAACAGGCCUGUGGAAUUUGGUGGCUCUAGUCAUGAAGGAUCCAUCCAGGAGAACUUCCUGCAGUUCCUGCAGAGGACCAGCAGCAAGACUGAGACCACCAGGUCCAACUCCAGCCCCAGAAACACCCUGGACCCUGGUAUCAGGAUACCUGGACAGAUCCCUGAGGAGUGACUUAAACUCUAAACAUGUGCUUUCUGUCAUCAAUUAUUGUAUGGAUUUGGAUAAAAAGUGGAACUUCUGGUAUGAUAGUGUUGUACUAGAUUUAAUCUAAGCCAUAUUAAUACUGAUGGAUGUAAAUAUGAGCCCAUCAAAAGGUAAAAUUUUUGUUGUGCAAUGGAUGUGGUAAUAGGGAUGUCUAAAGUACAUUAUGAUCAUCACCCUUACUUUGAAAACUAAAGGCAAUAACAAUAACAAUUUUUAAGGUAAUAACAUGGCUAAAAAGAAACUUUUCCAAAAGAAAUGAACAAUAUAACUAUAAAUGAAGGAGAUGUGUUUUCAUUUUAUUUUCAUAAUUGUGAGACAUUGACAGAAUAGACAUUAGUCUUCCAGUAAAGCUGAGGAGGAUCCUG